AUGGCCACAAAGAGAGCGAUGACCAAGGCCUGCCCAAAAUCAAAUGCGUCGAUCCCUGUCACCUACCUUAGAGCAAGGACCCCACCAUCUACCCAAGCAAGAAAUGCUUGGUGGGAUGGGUUUUGCCAGCCUAGAGGGCCUUUUGCCAGGGCAAAACCCAUCGGUGGUAGUGCUAUUAGACCAAUUCUCUCUAACCCGAAGUCUUAA